UAUCAGACCACUGAAGCGCAGCGAUCGACUGCGAAGGUAUAUCGCCUUGUACGCAACGGCGUGGAGCGGAUCAGCGAGUGAUGGAAGCUUCGACUGCCAGUACGGAGAACCGUUGAGAUGUUGAAGCCAGAAGGAGCACGAAUGCGAAAGAGAGAGAGCGUCCAGACCCGUUAGAAAGCUGCAGAUUGUGACCGCUGCAGACACUGGAAGCAUCAUUGUCAAGGCGGAAUCAGAAAUGGAAAUACAUACAAAGUCCAAGUGUUGAGGGAAUGAUGGUGGUUAGUGCAUCAUCUCGCUUGCGUGUAGCACGAAGGAAAAAAAAACUACGCUGGUGCAACAUUCCCCGUAAACUUAGAUUUUGUAUUGAGUGUUAAACGGGCUGCUAUUGGCCAUAGGCCAGCAGUAUUGAAUCCUCCACCUCAAGACCAGUUAGCAAUGGCGUCGUCGUCGUCGGUUCUUCGUCUGUACCGUGAGAUGCUGCGCAACGCAGCCAAGUUCGAGACCUACAACUUCCGCGCGUACGCUACGCGGCGCGUCAGGGAGGACUUCCGCAAGAACAAAGCACUCAAGACUGGCAGCUCCGAACAGGAGAAGGCGCUCGAGUUUGCGCGCGAGCAGGCCAACGUGUUGUACCGCCAGGUGGUCGUGUCCAAGCUGUACCCGCCCCACGUCAAGAGUGUAAUGGAGACGCUCAUCAAGUAGAUGCAGCGAGACAUAAAUGCCAUCUAGUGUACGUGCAAUAGGACGGCACUAUUUGAACCGGUUGUAGAGUCCGUCUCGAUUUCUCAUCGCGAAAGUCAUGUUAGGAAUUGUGCUGUCCUCAGGAGUCUUUGUUUCCGAAUUGCAUCAAGCUGCUGGCCAGCUCAGAGGUAACCAGACAGACUGUUCAAGUCUGUCUGUAAUUUUACCUGCUUAGGCUCUGUCGCUCAACUCAAGCCGUGGUGGGUAUGCAGCCUCCCUCGACGGUGAGCGAUCAGCUGGUGCAGCUGUCUCAAUAUGCUCUGUAGUGAAUUUAUCGAUAUACGCUCGCUGGCAACAACACCAACUUACAUUUUAGCGU